UCCGGUCAAAUAAUUUUGUCAAUUUCUGGAAGUUUCCUAGUGACAAAUUAGUCUAAGUUGAAAACAUAUCGAUUUGUGUAAAAUAAAACGACUUUAAAGGUCUCGUUGUAUCGAUUUUGUGCCGUCGAAAAUACCCGAAGUAGUUGUCUCUUAUCACUCCGCAAUAAAAGCCCGAAGUAGGCGCGACUCAAUUCAAAAUCACUUCCGUGUCAAGCGAGUGAAAAAUGGGCAAAACACCGGCAAUUGGCAUCGAUUUGGGCACCACGUACUCGUGUGUGGGUGUCUGGCAGCAGGGCAAAGUGGAAAUCAUCGCCAACGACCAGGGAAAUCGCACCACUCCAAGCUAUGUGGCCUUCACCGACACGGAGCGGCUCAUCGGCGAUGCCGCCAAGAACCAAGUGGCGAUGAAUCCCAGCAACACGGUGUUCGACGCAAAGAGACUCAUCGGAAGAAAGUACGACGAUCCGAAGAUUCAGCAGGACAUGAAACACUGGCCCUUUAAGGUGGUGAAUGAUGGCGGCAAGCCGAAAAUCCAAGUGGAAUUUAAAGGGGAGGUCAAGAAGUUUGCACCGGAAGAGAUUAGUAGUAUGGUGUUGAGGAAGAUGAAGGAGACAGCUGAUGCUUUUUUGGGGAAAGAAACCAAGGAUGCUGUUAUUACGGUUCCGGCGUAUUUUAAUGAUUCACAGAGACAGGCCACCAAGGACGCUGGGAUGAUCGCAGGUAUCAACGUUUUAAGAAUAAUCAACGAACCAACAGCAGCAGCGCUAGCUUACGGCUUGGACAAGAACCUAAAAGGCGAACGCAAUGUUCUUAUUUUUGAUUUAGGAGGUGGCACUUUUGACGUUUCAAUUUUAACAAUAGACGAAGGUUCUCUUUUCGAAGUCAAAGCUACAGCUGGUGAUACACAUUUGGGAGGUGAAGACUUUGAUAACCGCCUUGUCAAUCAUUUCGCUGAGGAAUUUAAACGAAAAUACAAGAAAGAUUUAACUAAAAACCCUCGAGCUUUGCGUCGUCUUAGAACGGCAGCAGAAAGGGCAAAAAGAACUCUCAGUUCUAGCACGGAGGCGUCUCUAGAAAUCGAUGCUCUUUUUGAAGGAAUUGAUUUUUAUACAAAAAUUUCCAGAGCUAGAUUUGAGGAACUCAAUUCAGAUUUAUUUAGAGGCACGUUGGAACCGGUCGAAAAGGCACUAAAUGAUGCCAAAAUGGAUAAAUCAAUGAUACAUGAUGUAGUUUUGGUGGGGGGUUCUACCAGAAUUCCAAAAAUUCAAAGCUUGCUGCAGAAUUAUUUCUCUGGGAAAACCCUAAAUUUGAGUAUUAAUCCUGACGAAGCUGUGGCUUAUGGCGCUGCCGUUCAAGCAGCCAUCUUGAGUGGUGACAGCAGUUCUAAAAUACAAGACGUAUUGCUUGUUGAUGUUACUCCUUUAUCACUUGGAAUAGAGACAGCAGGAGGUGUAAUGUCGAAAAUUGUGGAACGAAAUGCGAGAAUUCCAUGCAAACAAACUCAAACAUUCACCACUUACUCGGAUAAUCAGCCGGCUGUAAGCAUUCAGGUCUUUGAAGGAGAAAGAGCCAUGACAAAAGAUAAUAAUUUGUUGGGAACCUUUGAUUUGUCUGGAAUACCACCUGCCCCUCGUGGAGUCCCAAAAAUCGAUGUUACGUUUGAUUUGGAUGCAAAUGGCAUUCUGAAUGUUUCAGCAAAAGAGGUUAGUACCGGCAAAUCGAAAAAUAUUACUAUCAAGAAUGACAAAGGGAGACUAUCUCAAAGAGAAAUCGAGAAAAUGUUAGCAGACGCAGAACGUUAUAAAGAAGAAGAUGAUCGACAAAGAGAACGAAUUGGUAGCAAGAAUCAACUUGAAAGUUACGUUUUUAACGUAAAACAAGCGGUGGAGGAAGCUGGAAGUAAGUUAAAUUCAGAGGACAAGAAAAAAGCUUUGAAAGAAUGUGAAGCUUGUAUUAAAUGGUUGGAUAGUAACCAAAUGGCAGACAAAGAAGAAUUUGAGUAUAAAUUGAAGGAAGUAUCUAAAAUCUGCAGUCCAAUUAUGACUAAAUUACAUAGAGGUGGUGGUGGUGGAACUGGUGGUGGGAAUGAUGGUCCUACAAUUGAAGAAGUCGACUAAUUUGACAUCUUUUGCCUCAUCAUAGCUUGAGUUUUUGGCUUAUUUAGUUGAAGAUUUGUGUGAUAAAUGAGAUUUGAAAUAAAGCGUUUUAUUCCAGACA